AUGGCUUGGUUUAUAUCUAAUAGAUAUCCAGAAUUUGAGACCAAAAUUGAAGCGGCCACCUCUGAAUCUAUCCCCAAUGGCGAUAUAGAUUUUGGAAUCGCCUUAGAAAUAACAGAUACUAUCCGAUCCAAACAAGUUCCCCCAAAAGAGGCGAUGCGUUUACUCAAGAAGAGAUUCGUUAAUGCAGAGAACAUAAAUAUGCAAAAAUCAGCCUUUAAGUUGAUAGACUUUUGUAUCAAAAAUGGUGGGGAACAUUUUAUUCUGGAUAUAGCGUCGAAAGAAUUCAUGGAUCCGUUGAUCAAUCUUUUGAAAUCUGAUGAUGUCAAUGACUCUGUUAAGACCUACAUAUUGGAGCACAUCCAAGCAUGGUCAAUAAUGGUAAGCACGAAUCCAAAGUUUGAAUACAUUAAUCAAACAUACAAGAGGUUACAGAACGAUGGUUUUGAAUUUCCAAUGAUAAACGAAGUUGUGGAUCCAAACAUGAUAGUAUCUAAAGUGGCACCCGAAUGGCAAGACUCGGAUGCUUGUAUGAUAUGCUCCAAACUAUUCACAUUUCUGAAUCGGAAACACCACUGCCGUGCGUGUGGGGGUGUUUUCUGUGGUGCACAUUCUUCUAAUACGAUUGAACUACCCGAAUUUGGGAUUACUAUCCCAGUAAGAGUUUGCGAUACGUGUUAUAGUGAGAGGAAAGCUGCUAGAAAGAAAAACAGCAAGAAACAUAACAGAAAAAAAUCUGACAUUGCAAAGGUUGCAACUGACUUGGGAACAGAAGAUGAAGAAUUUAAAAAGGCUAUUGAAUUGUCAUUAAAUGAAUCAGCACCGAAGAGUUCAGCUGUUUCGCACCAGCUAUCUGUUGGUGAUAUUCGACCUACUGAAGAUGAUGAAGACGAGGAUGUGAAGGCUGCCAUUCAAGCAAGUUUGCAAGACUUGAAUAAGGAGACCAUUUCGAAUGAUCAUGUUAGAGAAGAGACCAAGAGCACAGGCCUGUAUGCUAACUUAGUACAAGAACCUUAUUCUGCUUCAUUGACGCCGAUGCAAGAAGGUAGUGGCAGAAAUACGAGCAGCAAUGAACCGGCUUAUUUACAAAAUCCACCGCAACAUGCCGUGGGUGACGCAUUUUACGUUUCAACUGGGAUACGGGGAGAGGAUGAAAGAGUUGUUGUUAAUUUUGUUGACAUACUUAAUAAGGUACAAUCCGAGCCCCCGCAAAAGCGCCGCUUUGACUCCAGUUUGAUUAAAAUGAAUUCAGAUUUGGUUUUGCUUCACCCAAAGGUUGGUGCAGCAAUAGCUAAUCAACUACAGGAAAUUGAAAAAUACCAAACAUUAUAUUCAAAGUUGUUCGCCAUAAGUAGACUAUACGAUGAUACACUACAAACAAGAUUUCAAAAGGAACAGGAGAUCCUAAGAGCGCAACAUACAAGGUUUGGUGCGUUUCCGUUGAAACUGCAAUCCCAAAUGUCUUCUCAACCCGAAGUACCUCUUCAACCACACAGAGUUCCUUUACAGCAACAGUCCUCCCUAGAACCCCAAUCUACAUAUUCACAUCAACCACAAGUGUAUAAACUGCAGCAAUAUCAGCAGAAUUUGCCGCCCCAACCGCAGGAACAACAGCCUCCAGCUAGUCAGGGGCAGUCCUAUCAAUUCGAUCUCAAAUCACCAGUUGAUGGAGCUCAUGAGGUUGCACCAACGGUAACGUACAAUGUACCGGCACAAACAACUGGUAUCGUUGGAAUACAAGGUCCUAACCUUGCAGUAUUGUCGAGUUUGGAAUAUGCACCCAUUCCUGAAACAACAGGUGUGCCUGUCAAUUCAGAGAUAACCGUCUCUCAUACAGGAACAAACGGAGAAGUCAAGGCGGCACCGACAUUAAAAGUUGAAACAAAACCGGAACCAGAAGUAGUUAAUCUCAUAGAUUUAUAG